AUAGCGAACAGAUAUGCAGCCGGCACUGUAACGCUGAAGAUGUUUUUCUACACGCGGGAACAGAAGCACGGAACGGAACGGGCAUGCAAAACCUGAGCUUUGCCUCAGGAUCUGCAGAGAUCGGUGCCCAGGGGCAUCGCUUGACGCAGGCGGUGUCAUGACGAUCGCGUACCAGGCCGACGUGUCCACGAGCACACUGCUGGGAUUCUGGAAGCUGGUUGCCCGCUGGCGCGGCUCGGUCUACAAGCUCAUCUACAAGGAGAUGCUGGUGUACGGGGCCGCGUUCACCGCCAUCGCCAUCUGCUACCGGCGCUUCCUGACCGCCGACCAGAGGCAGCUGUUCGAGCAGCUCGCUCUGUACAGCGACCGGGCGCUCGAACACAUACCGCUCUCGUUCGUGCUCGGAUUUUACGUCUCCUUCGUGGCAGGCCGUUGGUGGGACCAGUUCACCAGCAUCCCUUGGCCAGACAGGCUGGCGCACGUCGUCCUCGCGUACGUCUCGGGCGGCGACGAGAAUGGGCGCCUGCUGCGACGCACCAUGAUGCGUUACGCCAACCUCAGUCUUGUACUCGUUCUCAAGUCGGUGAGUGGCUCUGUGAAGAAACGGUUUCCUAGUACACAGCACCUGGUGGAAGCCGGCUUCAUGACGGCCGCCGAGCGGUCCCUAUACGAGGCGACGCCCAGCCGCACCAACCGCCAUUGGCUACCGUCGGUGUGGUUCGUCAACCUGGCCAACGUAGCCGUGCAGCAAGGACGGCUCCUGCCCGGCCCACCAGUCAAGCACCUACUUGAGGAACUCAACCAGUUCCGUGCAAAGUGCUCGCUCCUGUGGUGCUACGACUGGGUCACUGUACCUCUCGUCUACACGCAGGUGGUGACUCUGACGACGCACUUGUUCUUUGUCACGUGCCUCGUGGCGCGCCAGAGCUUGGACCCCGAGAAAGGCUAUCCGGGUCACCAGUUGGACGUCUACUUUCCCUUCUUCACCUUCUUGCAGUUCAUCUUCUUCAUGGGAUGGCUCAAGGUUGCCGAGCAGCUGAUCAAUCCUUUCGGGGAAGAUGACGACGACUUCGAGACCAACUGGCUCAUCGAUCGUCACACGCAGGUUUCGUACAUGGCGGUGGAUGAAAUGUACGGCAAGUUCCCCCGCAUGGAGCGUGACCUGCACUGGGACAGCCAGGAGCCGGACCUGCCCUACACCGCGGCCGCCAUCAUUCACAAGAUACCCACAUACCGUGGCUCAGCUGGCAACAUUGGAUGACUCGCCUUUUAACGAGUGCGUCGUCGUCGCACUUGCUGCUGUGCACACACGCCAUCCGCUGAAUGUACACCCCAUGCUUGCAGCGUGCAUUGUUCCAAUUAUUUCAACCAACUAAUAGCCAUUCAAGCAUAAGGUAGCCUAGGCUGCAGUGUCUGCCACUCAUUGCGAAUCAUUUAAUCACGCCCAGUCCCAUGCAGUUGUCGAAGCUGCGAUUGUCUCGUGGUCAAACCCAGACUCCUAUCCAUCUUAAGCGUGACAAACGGUGCAACAGUCACUCAAGGCUUGUUGUACGUCAUACGUUGUGGCCAGACAUUUCAACGUUAUAUAGCUGUCCGAAGUUUUAAUUCGUAUCACUCUGGGCCAAUCUGUCGGCUUUACACACCAUGACUGCAAUAUGCUCGACACAAUUUACCCAGUUUACUUCCUUUUUACUAUACAUAGUGCCAUUAGCUGCGCACGGCUGCACGUAUAAACAUAGCACUUGUACUUCUUAUUCUUAUAACCCGUGGCCUGCACCUGAGAACAACACAGGCACUGGGGCUGUUUAUCUUUUAUGUCACUUCCAAGCGUACUUUCUGGCUGUCGUGGCACACAGCGCAAACACCACCUUUUUAUUUUGCUUCCUACGAGUCUCAAUCACACCCUGUUUUUUAAUUAAAGGCGUUUUCUUCCUUACGAA